AUGGCCACCACGGAGUUGCAGAUGAGUCCUCAAUUGGAGCAGAUCCAUGGCGAAAUCCGCGAUCUUUUCCGUGCUCUGUCAAAUGGGUUUCAAAGGCUGGAUAAGAUGAAGGAUUCUAAUAGGCAAAGCAAACAGCUGGAAGAGCUUACUGGCAAGAUGAGGGAAUGUAAAAGAUUAAUCAAGGAGUUUGAUCGUGAAAUUAAAGAUGAGGAAAGUAAAAAUCUUCCUGAAGUGAACAAGCAACUCAAUGAUGAGAAGCAAUCUAUGAUCAAAGAACUGAAUUCGUAUGUAGCAUUGAGAAAAACAUACAUGAAUACCCUUGGUAACAAGAAAAUUGAACUCUUUGAUAUGGGAGCUGGAGUCAGUGAACCAAUAGCAGAUGAAAAUGUUAAAGUGGCAUCAUCAAUGUCAAAUCAAGAGCUUGUUGAUCAUGGGAUGAAGACGAUGGAUGAGACUGAUCAGGCCAUUGAACGCACACAAAAGGUUGUCGAGCAAACAAUUGAAGUGGGAACCCAAACUGCUUCUACUCUAAAAGGCCAAACUGAUCAAAUGGGCCGUAUUGUAAAUGAGCUGGAUACAAUCCAGUUUUCUAUUAAGAAGGCAUCCCAGCUGGUGAAGGAGAUCGGUAGGCAGGUGGCCACUGAUAAAUGCAUCAUGCUAUUUCUUUUUCUUAUAGUAUGCGGUGUUAUAGCCAUCAUAGUUGUGAAGAUUGUGAAUCCAAACAACAAAGAUAUCAGAGAUAUUCCGGGGGGGUUGGCACCUCCAGCACCUUCAAGGAGAUUGUUAUAUCUAAGGGACCCGCAAUAA